AUGGCGAAAGGAAAGCGUAAUUCACUGAAAAAGAAGAAGAAACCAAAAGGAACUGACGAGGUUCAAAACGGCGAGGAAGACGAGGAUGUGAAAACUUGUCCUCAUAUUCCAAAGGCAGUCAAACUGAACUGUUUGCAGAACAAAGUUCCUCACACUUCACUGGGACAGUGUUUGUCUCAGCUAUCUUCUUCUGUCCAACAGGGAUGUGAUAGGAACAGCCAAGACAAGCACGCUCUGUCACAUCACAGAGAAAACCCUUCCCACAGCAUUGUGGUUCAUCUUCAAAACUGGGUUGUAUGGUGUUAUGCUUGUGAUGAUGAAGUCCAAGUUGAACCUGAGUCUUCAGUUCAGAAGUGCAUCAAAUUGUUAUUAAAGGCUAUGAAUUUAAGCCCUCCUGCAGAAUUAGAACCAUCUUUAUCUAGUCAAGACAAGGUUUCUACUGAGAAACUCAAGAGAGAUGGAUCCAAAGCCAAUAAUCAGCUUAAGAGUCAGAUUAAGGGUUUGGCAAAUCUUGGGAACACAUGUUUCUUUAAUUCUGUUAUGCAGAAUUUAUGCCAGACAGAGCUGCUUCAUGUAGCAGCUUCAUGUGCUGCACAAGAAGGGUUUUCAUACCAUGUUACUCCAAAUGAUAAAGAUUUGCCACAACUGAAAUUAAAAGUUGAAGAUCCACCUGGAGAAGUGACUAAAGCUCUAUGGAAGCUACUUCAAGAUUUCAGAACCUCAACUGAUCGAACCUUAACACCACGGCAGCUGUUUUCCGAGAUUUGCAAGAAAGCCACACGGUUUAAGGGAUAUAGACAGCAAGACAGUCAAGAACUGCUGCGUUAUCUUUUGGAUUCAAUAAGAAAUGAAGAACUCUGGCGAGUCAAACGUGCUGUGUUGCACUCGUUUGGUGUCAAACGUGGUGCUAACGGGGAGACGUUGGACGACAACAAACGGAAACAAGUCAAAGAGUAUGGAGCGAGCGCUGCAGCACCGCUCAUAGACAGUGUGUUUGCCGGCAGGCUUGUCAGCAUUGUCACUUGUCACCAAUGUCAUCAGGAAUUCAAAGUAGAGGAGACAUUUCUGGAUUUGUCCUUACCAUUGGCGUCACCUCCGCAGGACUCCUUUAGCAACAGGUUCUUCGGAAAAGGUGGCAAACAGAAUCCAAAAUCAUCGAAUAUUCCUAAGAAUGUCACGAAGAAUGAAAAGGACGAUGAUAACCAGAAGGAAACAAAGAGUCCCAGUAAACAUCAGCUAAAAUCAGCCAGAAAAGCUGAAAGGAAAAAAAGAAAGGGAGGAAAAGGCCAUGGAAAGAAAGGAAAAGCGUCGCAGCAGGUCGACGACAACAAACAAGAUGAUGAUGAUGAUGAUGAUGAAUUAGACAAGCGGGUGUCAGAGGAGGAAGGCCAUGAACCUAACCAGAUGAACGUGUCUGACCUGGAAGGAAGCGAUAGUGAUCAAGAGAACAAAGUGAAUGAAACAGCGGUACCUGGGAAUUAUAGCCAAGGUUUUGAAGUGAUUCCCAACAAUGAUAUCCAAUUGAGAGAUGUUAGUAGCCGAUCAAAGUCCUCUGAAGUCAACGAAAAAGACGUAGACACCUGUAUUUUAGAUGUAAACAACGGCGAAUAUUUAGCAGAAAACACAGUCGCUCGUGCUGGUACGGAGCAAACAGAGGGCGUGAAGGACAUAGAAGAACAGCGCGCGAUGCAAACAGAACAAAGUCCAGAACAAUUUCGAGCGAAGGAGAGAGAGAGUUUGAAUAGUAGAACGAAUGGAAAUGGUUUUUCUAAUGGCAAUGAAGAAGACAAACGUUCGCCCAUGGAAAUUUUGAAAAGUAACCAAGUAACUGCGUCAAAACAUCUAAGUUGCGAUUCUUCACGGUGCAGCCAAGAGAAAGGGACUGAGAAAGAUGAACAUUAUCAACAAAGGUGUGAAGAAUUCCCAUCGAGCAUAAAGGAAUUUGUAGAAGAAAUUAUAAAUAUGGCUGUGCAGUACUUGAGUCUGGAUAAACCCAACGAACUUCAAGACAAACUGGUUACUAGUAGAUCAUCGCAGAGUUCUUCGCCGACUUGUGUAUCUAGUAGUGAGAAACAGGCUAAAGAAACACGAAAUGAUUUUCAAGAGAAAACAGAGGAAGCUGAAGUUGACACAAAGUCAACUAAAGCCGUUCCUAGUCUUGAGAGAGAACUGGAUUGCGCCUCAACAGAGAAAAGAACAAACAAUAAAGAGAACGAAAGAUUUUGUUCGGAUUCAGGAAAGAGCGAUGAAAACGAAGGAACAACGGAGGUAUCUGUAAAAAGCGAGGAAGAAAGUGAAACUGAGUCUGAAGAAGAAUUUGAAAAUGAUCAAAGAUUAGAUAGGAUUCUUACUGUACAACCUGCGUAUCAACCCUCCCCAGGCGAAUGCUCUGUGUUGUCGUGUUUAAGCCAAUUUUGCGUCUCGGAAUUAUUAGACGGCAAUAAUAAAUUUGCUUGUGAGGAGUGUACCAAGCGAGCGCAGCGGACCAAGAAGAAGAAGGGAGGUAGAACAACGAAAGACAGUGACAAAGAUGAAGUUAGUGCAGACUGUUCUUCAGAAGAUGAACUAAAAGGUGCCAAAGCCGAGAAGUCUUCGAAGAACAAGAACAAGGACUCCAAACAGCAGAUCGUGUAUACCGUGGCUAGUAAACAGAUGCUGAUCUCUCGUGCCCCACCAGUCCUCACUCUACACCUUAAACGAUUCCAGCAAGCUCGUUUUACCUUGCAGAAACUCACCAAACACGUGGACUUUCCACUGGAACUGAACUUGGCGCCGUUUUGCAGCAGAAGUGGAAGGAGUCGAGCAGACUCGGAAGGGCAAGUGCUGUACUCACUGUAUGGAGUAAUUCAACACAGCGGUAACAUGAACAGCGGACAUUACACAGCCUACGUGAAAGUCAGCGAACCGCCAGUGAAAAGUUUGUACGACAAAAUUACUUCAAUGAGUGAUCUAACGAAUUUUAUUGAGAAAAUGUGGACUCAAAAGUCCGACGCCAAACACGGUAGUUCCCGUACUCGUCAUGAGCCUGCGCUGAGUGGUCAGUGGUUUCAUGUCAGUGAUUCAAGCGUUAGUGCCGCAGCGGAGAGUAAAGUGCUCAAGAGUCAAGCCUACAUGUUGUUCUAUGGCCGCCUUCCUCUUGUCAGUGGAUGACAAAUUUGAUUUUUCUGGGCUUAGUAGAGAUUUUAAAAUCAAGGGUUAAAAAUGAUUCAUGUUCAGUAUGUUUUGCUCUGUUUUAUGAGUUAAGUUUCAAUCAAGCCAUUUUCUUGGCCCGUUAGAUACAAUCUUUACUUGGUAGCACGCGAUUGCCUCGCAAAAUUUCCAUCGCCUUGAUUGGCCGUUGUAAGUAUCUGGUUUCACAAAUCUCAGUUUAACAUAACCAAAGUAAAGCGCGCGCUCUGAUUGGUCCAUUCAGUGUCCUUCGUUUGCCCAUGUGUGUACGCUGCUGACGUGAGCGGCAAAUGCAAAGACUAGUUUCUACGCGCUUUUUUUUUCUGGUCACGUGAGAUUUCAGCGUUAAAUGAAAGAGAACUCUUUAGCUACAAAGUAUCGAUGUUAUGUUAUGAAACGAAUGGUACAUCUAGACACCACAGCGUACACUAUUGAGUUAUGGAUGCACUUGAAAGGUUUGCUAAGUGCCGAAGAAGCUCUAGUCGGUCUCAGCUAUCUCCUCGCGCGACUCUUACGCUUCUUUCGUGCUUAGCAACCUCCCGCGUGCAUCCAUCACUUAAUACUAGUGUACACUGCGAUGUUUCCUACUUGUUAAUUGUUUUUGAAAUGCAAGGGACUGGUCAGUAUUCUCCUGUCAAUGGUAGUUAUCUGACUUUGUCACUGCGCAUUGCUGCCAGGGUCUAGAGAGUGAAGCAACUCGUUAAGGCCAGGGUUAAAGUGAACCCUUCGGUCAAACCCAAUAAUUUCAAAAAGGAGCCGAAAAGGAUAACUAAUUUUCUAAGAUAUCCACUCGUUAAUGAAAAAGAGUUUUGUCAUCUACAGUUUCAUAGCUGAUAUCUGUGGUGAGCUGGAAUUUUCUGCGAUCAUCCAUUGUAAACCAAUCAAACUGUAAGACUAAUAAAGAACUGAACGUGUUUACAACUCAA